AUGGACACGGAAAAGCUGUCAGUAUCCCACGAUGGUCACGGAAGGCCAGGAGCGCAGCAGGCGUUGAGCGUGGGCGGCGAGCGAGUGGUGUCGCUGCUGGUGGGCCCUGAGAGGACGCAGUUCCUCUGCAACGCGUCGCUGCUCUCGCGCCACUCGCCCUUCCUCGCCUCGCUGCUCAGCGACCGCUGGUCCGCCGCUGCUCCCCGCAACGGCGCGCAUGACGCGGAGGGGCCUGCGCGAGAGGGUGUGGCGGGAGAGGGGAGCGGGGAAACACGAGGUGGAGUGUCAGCAGACAGCAGUUGGGAGCUGGCGUCUGUGGAUGCUAGAGACUUCUCGCAGAGUCAACCAGAUAUGGGGACCAAGGAGCUGGAUUCGCUUCGUGCCACGCUGGACCUCCUCAAGAUCGACAUUCACACGCCUAAUGCACACGCUGCCGGCAUGGGAGCAGUUUCUUCUGGCAACGUGAAUGCAGCCGCCAGCGAUGUCCCCCUGGCCUCGUUCUCUUACCCACCUCUCGUGCGGCAGCUGCAGCCAUUGCCUGUGGUACGCGUACCUGCAGGGUGCGAGGACCCACUGCUGUUCGAGAAGUUCUAUGUGUUCUCCAAGUUCCGCCUGAACCUGCGCCACCAUGCCAUCCUCUGCUCCGUCUGCUGGGCCUGGGGUCAGGGACUUAAAAGCGGCAACAUCUGUGGCCACGGAGACCUUUGGUACUGCUGA